UUGUUGUUUUUGUCCUUUGAUAGCUGUAAAGGCCCACUCUUUGUUUAUUUGACUCUGUUUGGACUUGGGAUUCCUACUCUCUUCCAAUUCAUUCCUUCCCUUUUAACCCAACUCUUUACUUUUGGCUAAAGAAAUCUCUCUUCUCCCCCCAAAAUGGACCUGCUUUGGUAGACAACCACUCAACCCUGUUUGUAUUCUACCCCCUCUUCUGCCAUGCCUCCUGCUGGGAAGGUUUCUGAGUUCUUCAGAAAGGGCAAUGACUGGUUUUGCAAAGCUGGAUUGCCGAGUGAUAUUACCGUUGUGGUGGAUGGUGUAAGCUUUCAUCUUCAUAAGUUUCCACUCAUAUCAAAAUGUGGGAAGAUAGCACGUGUAUAUGAAGAGUCAGAAAGGAAACAUGAGAAGAUUUUCAGUACAGUUCUUGAGGAUUUCCCUGGCGGCCCUGACGUGUUCCUGAUCGCAGCUAAAUUCUGCUAUGGUAUGCGGGUGGAAUUGACUUCUAGAAACAUAGUAAUGGUGUACUGUGCAGCGGAUUACCUUGAAAUGAUAGACGAGUUUGGAGACGAAAACUUACUCUCGAGGUCAGAGAGUUUUUUCUAUAAGCAUAUACUUCACAACUGGAAAGAUUGUAUCUUGGCUCUUCAAAGUUCUGAGCCUGUGUUCCAAAGGGCAGAAAAGCUUCGCAUAAUAAACAGAUGUGUAAAUGCUUUAUCAGUGAUGGUUUGCACAGAUCCUAGUUUAUUUGGAUGGCCGAUGAUGAUGUAUGGUAGCUUACAGAGUCCUGGUGGAAGCAUCCUUUGGAAUGGAAUUAAUACUGGAGCAAGGAUCCGAAGCUCUGAGUCUGAUUGGUGGUUUGAAGACAUCUCAUACCUCAGUGUGAGUUUGUUUGAGAGACUUAUCAAGGCAAUGGAAAUGAAGGGUAUAAGACCUGAAAACAUCGUAGGCGCUGUAAUGCACUAUACCAGAAAAUACCUACCUGGCCUAGGUAGAUGGCUGGGUGGACAACAUGGUAUACCCAGGACAGUUACAAGUUUUAGUUUUGCACCUAUUGCCCUUGAUCAAAGGGUAGUUUUAGAAAGCAUUGAAAAACUUCUUCCCCAGAAGAAGGGUAAAUCAUUUUGCCGGUUUUUGCUAGGACUUCUUCGUGUUGCAUUAAUAUUGGGGGUCAGUCAAACCUGCAAGGACUCUCUGGAGAAGAGAAUAGGGAGGCAACUGGAAUUUGCAACUUUAGAUGGUCUUCUGAUCCCCACAUAUUCAGAUGCUGAGACAUUGUAUGAUACUGACACUGUUCAGCGGAUAAUCCAACAUUUCAUGUCAUCAGAAUUGAAAGUUACACCAUUUUCUCCAGCAUCAGUUGAACUGGAAAUAUCUCCAUCAUCCGAACCAUUAAGGUUAGUUGCAAAGCAGAUUGAUAGCUACAUUGCGGAGGUCGCAUCAGAUGUAACUCUAAAGCCUGGAAAGAUACGCUCUCUUGCAGAGGCUCUUCCAGAAUCUUCAAGAACUUUGCAUGAUGGGCUGUAUAGGUCACUUGAUAUAUACUUCAAGGCACAUCCUUGGCUCUCAGAUAAGGAGAAGGAAGAACUUUGCAACAUCAUUGACUUCCAGAAACUCUCUAUUGAUGCAUAUGCCCAUGCAUCCCAAAAUGAUAGGUUGCCGCUUAGAGUUGUUCUUCAAGUCCUGUUCUUCGAGCAGAUGCAUUUGAGAACUGCUCUAGCUGGUCAUUUGAAUGUCUUAGAAACUGAAAGUGCCCCUGCAGGUCCUGCUAUUGCCCAAGGUGACAUGGCUGGCCAGAUUAUACAGAGGGAUGGGUGGGUGAAUAUGGUGCGUGAGAACCGGGUUUUAAAGGUGGAUAUGGACAAAAUGAGAUCUAGAGUUGGUGAGCUUGAACAAGAAUUUAGUAAAAUAAAGCAAGAGAUGAAAAAGGUGACCAAAUCACAUAGUUCAAUCAGUUCGCCUCAUGUGGUUGCCAGGAGAAUUGGUUGCAAUCUUCUUUCGCGACCUUCAGAUGCGAAACUAGAUACCAUUGGAAGUACUGGGCCCUCCCCAAGAGCAUCAGUUGAGCAGGGGCGUUUUUCCUGCCAUUCUAGACACAAUAAAAGUUUCUCAUUGUUCUGAGAGAUAGUACAAAGAAAUCGGAAGGCUGCCAUUUGUGCUUGGUGUUCCGGUUGGUCCUGAGGAGAUAUUGGAGAAAGGAAGAAAUUCCACAGUUAACAUCACUGUCAAAACCUUUGGAACGUGUUGCGCGUCCUUCACAUUUCUGUGAACCAACCGGAAUGGUUUCAGCAGUGUCUGGAGGAGGACGGUACAACUUUUUUCAUACUACAGAAGACUGUCUUUUUUAUGGUUGGUUUUUGUUCAAGCAUGGAGAGAUCUUCUUUCCGGGUGGUGAUUGGCAGUAAAAGGUUAAACUCACAAAAAUGAGGUAAGAAGAGUACAGGUAUACAUGUAUAUAUGUAACAUAGAAUGCUGCUAAUCCGAACUCAGAAUGUGAUCUCCAGAUCCCAGGGUUGAUAUUUGGUACAUAUCUAUAAGUUAUACACAUAGUUUCCCAUAGAUUAAAGGAAUUGUUGUUCUUGAGUUUUUGAUCUUUAGUUUAACAGUGAGUUUAUACAUGUACAUCUGCAAGAGUCGAGUUGUAACUUGUUAGUCUGGAAUUAACAAUGGAAAAUAUUAGUGGUAUUGUUAUGUUUGAAAAUUGAUUGGCUUGCAUUUUAGUCAUUUGAAAUUUUUUGAUUCUGUAUCUGUAAUCACGUUUUGCAUUAUAGUCCCAGAUUCAUGAUAUGAUAUCCAGCAACGCAGGCUUGGCUGUAAGG